AUGGCGGUAUUCCACAUCGUCCUCCUCAAACUGAAACCGGGUGUUGUGCCAUCUCAGGUAGCUGCAUUCAAGACCGCAUGCAAGGCCAUGGUUGGGCAGGUCCCAGGACUCCGUGAAAUGCACUGCAAUCCGCCAUUGGCCAUGACAGCAUCUCGGGCCAAAGGAUAUGAUAUGGGCUUGUUGGCUAUUUUGGAAAAGCCGGAUGAUGUCUCGGUUUAUGCGGGGCAUCCUUCGCAUCUUGUGGUGCAAAAAUUGCGUGAUGAGCUAUGUGAGGAUGCGUUGGCGUACGAUAUGGAGUUUUAA